AUGUCAAAAAGCGCAGUCGUGUGGUGUUCUCUGAUUUUCGCGUUCUCCGCCGAUUCACAGUCCUGGGACCGGAAAGACGACGAGUUGUGCAAAGUGAUCACCAAGACAAACGACGAUUACACGUGUAAGCCAAUCGACCAAUGUCCGGUGGUUCUUCGUGCGGCCGAAGACCGUGCGGCUUAUCCAAAGAUUUGCAGGUUCAGCGGACGGACUCCGAUAGUGUGCUGUCCAACUUCUCCUCAGGACGCCACCCGUAGAAAUUCCACAGAAAUGUGCAGAGAAUACUAUUCGUUGACUACUAAAGGCGGUGGAACUAUCGAUUCUGGCGGUUGUCGACCGAAAAAGAUUAUGAGCGAAAAUAUUCUUACCAUCGUCGGCGGAACCGAGGCCGAAGAAAUGGAAUUUCCCCACAUGGUUAUUUUAGGAUUUGGAGAAGACAUUAAAAAAGUCGAAUGGUCAUGCGGUGGAUCAUUGAUUAGCGAUCGUUAUGUGCUUUCAGCAGCACACUGUUCCGAAAUUGGAAAAAAAAGCCCGGUUAAAUGGGCCUUACUGGGCGACAACGACUUGGGUUCCAACAAAGGUGCUGCAGACCCUCAGGUUCGCGAAAUCGUCCAGCGGAUCUUGCAUCCAAAUUAUAAAGCUCCGUCGAUGUACAACGACAUCGGUCUGUACCGGCUAAGCACACCGGUUCAAUUCAAUCGAUUUGUCUUUCCGGCUUGCAUAAACACCGAAGUACAAUUAUCCGCUAAACAAGCAAUCGCCAUUGGUUGGGGAAGAACUAGUUCAGCUGGUCUGACGAGUAAUGUUUUAAUGAAAGUAUCAUUAGAUUUGGUUGAACAAAAUGAAUGUAAUCGAAGUUAUUCGUCUUCUCCGAGUCCAAAUUUGAAAUUUGGAAUAAAUCCAAACAAUCAAAUUUGUGCCGGACAACUAGAAGGUGGCAAGGACACCUGUCAAGGCGAUUCUGGUGGACCAUUACAGAUCGUUCAUCCCGAAUUCGAGUGCAUGUACACGCAAGUGGGUAUUACUUCGUUCGGGAAACUAUGUGGUGAACCAAAUGCACCCGGCGUCUACACGAGGGUGUCCAAUUACGUGUCCUGGAUCGAUGGCAUCGUUUGGGAGUCGUCUCCAUGA